AUGAAGUCUCUAUUUUUUGUUAAUAUUUUUAAUCCUUGUUGUUCUCGUUCAUUUAUUCAAUCAACAAUUUAUUUAAAUAAAUUAAUAGUUAGAUUUUAUAGUCAACAAGACAAACCACUUAUGUAUCAACUUGAACAUGUUCAAAAAAGGCUAGAAUUUACGACUCCAUUAAUGUUUAAAAUGAGAAUGGAUUAUACUUUCCUUAGAAAAGAUGUUUUUUUGGAUGAUCAAAUAAUGGGAGUAACUAGAAGUGGCCUUAAUGAGAUUAUGCAUCAUUUUGGAACAAUAGCUGUAGCUGGCAAUUUAUUACGUGCUAAUAUUGAUGCUCAGGCACUCAAUAUUGUACCUAUAUUGGAGGAUGGAACAGUUAGGCUUCGUUGGAGACUAGUUUACCAUAAUUGGAUUGAUUAUUUUAGCUUUAAAUCAGACAAAGAAAAUGUAUUUUUUUAA